CUCUCGCUGAAAGCCUAGAACGGAAGUGAUAGGAGACUGUAAACAAUAAGCAGACGGGCGGUAUCCAUCUUUUUGAGAAAGGUCGGGAACUGAGCAGCCAAAAUGGGUUCUGUUCUUGGACUGUGCUCCAUGGCAAGCUGGAUCCCCUGCCUGUGCGGGAGCGCCCCCUGUCUGCUGUGCAGGUGCUGCCCCAGCGGGAAUAACUCCACAGUCACACGGCUCAUCUACGCCUUCUUCCUGCUGCUGGGUGUGGGCGUGGCCUGCAUCAUGCUCAUGCCAGGCAUGGAGGGCCAGCUGAAGAAGAUACCUGGUUUUUGUGAAGGCGGGGCAGGCUCGUCCAUCCCAGGAGUGCACGGCCAUGUUAACUGUGAUGUCCUGGUUGGGUACAAGGCCGUGUACCGUGUCUGCUUCGGCAUGGCCAUGUUUUUCCUGCUCUUCUCCCUCCUCAUGAUCAAGGUCCGCAGCAGCCAGGACCCCCGCGCUGCUGUGCACAAUGGCUUUUGGUUCUUCAAGUUUGCUGCUGCAACAGCCAUUUCUGUCGGUGCAUUCUUCAUUCCAGAGGGGCCCUUUACAACUGUGUGGUUCUACGUGGGCAUGGCAGGCGCUUUCUGCUUCAUUCUGAUCCAGCUGGUGCUGCUGAUCGACUUCGCCCACUCCUGGAACGAGUCCUGGGUGGAGAAGAUGGAGGAGGGCAACUCACGCUGCUGGUAUGCAGCCCUCCUCUCCGCGACGACCGUCAACUACGUUCUGUCCCUGGUGUCGCUGGUCAUGUUCUACGUGUACUACACCCACAGCGAUGGCUGCACUGAGAACAAGGCCUUCAUCAGCGUCAACAUGCUGCUGUGUGUGGGGGCGUCUGUCAUGUCCAUCCUGCCCAAGAUACAGGAGUCUCAGCCCAGGUCAGGACUGCUGCAAUCCUCCCUUGUUACCCUGUACACAAUGUACCUGACCUGGUCUGCAAUGACUAACGAACCUGACAGGAGGUGUAACCCAAGUCUGCUUGGCAUCAUUGGUCUGAAUAGUACUAGCCCUGCUGGCAAAGACAAUGUGGUGCAGUGGUGGGAUGCCCAAGGAAUUGUGGGAUUGAUCCUGUUCUUGAUGUGUGUUCUGUACUCCAGCAUCCGGAACUCAUCCAAUAGCCAGGUGAACAAGCUGACCCUGACCAGUGACGAGUCAGCACUGAUCGAGGACGGCGCAGGACACCCCGAGUCCAUGGAGGAGGCAGAAGAUGCACGCCGCGCCGUCGACAACGAGAAGGACGGGGUCACCUACAGCUACUCCUUCUUCCACUUCAUGCUUUUCCUGGCCUCCCUCUACAUCAUGAUGACCCUCACCAACUGGUACAGCCCUGACUCCUCCUACGAGACGAUGACGAGCAAGUGGCCGUCCGUGUGGGUGAAGAUCUCGUCCAGCUGGAUCUGCAUCGCGCUGUACGUCUGGACCCUGGUGGCGCCGCUGGUCCUCACCAACCGCGACUUUGACUGAACCCCCCCCGUGCCUCAAAGCCGGGCAACGCCCCGCUUCUUCAUUUGCAUUGUGAAUAACCUGCAGUGUCCAGUGUGACCAGCUUCAUUGGCAUUUGUAAAUACUGUACCGUUUUGUUCCUGUGGCUGAUCCCUACAUCUUUUUACUGCAUGUGAAGAGUAGAUGGGCAUUUCUCAGUGUUGAAACCUGUUGAAAAGAUGAGGGAAGACGAACUGACAGGUCUUUGAAAAGUUGUCGUUAGGAGAUACUCUUACACUUCUGACUUCAGGGAGAGAGAUCCUAGAGGACUCUUGCCAGAAUGGUUUGGAUACUGCUGAAGAGGAAGUCCCAGGUAUCAGUUAUGUAAAAGAAGGAAGUGAGCUGAGGUGUGUUCUCCCUGCAGACGGCAUCCAUAUAGUGAAAAUCCAGUUGAAAUGUCAGUUCGCACUAGUUGCUUACUGCGGGAUUUAAAUUUAUAGUUCCAAGAAAUCAGUUGAUGAUGCGCAUUCCCUGCAGAGCUGUGGUUCCUUCCUGCAUUUCCUUUAGCGUGCGAUCAAACCAUCUGUUCCGACAGCGAAACAUGUAGUCUGACAUUUGCAUGAAAUCAGCUACCAUCAUUAAAGUCUCCCUCUUUGGGAAGCUUUCAUUUGCUGUGAUUUUUUUUCCCUGACAACUUGUACCAAAAGUGUCUUGACUUGGUACACAUUGUAACUGUAAAAUUGUUGAAUUGGGUGUCCUAGUACUAACCCUUUGCAACCUGCUAAAGACCCUUUUAUGGCUUUGUUUUUGGUCUAUAAAGAAUUUGUGUGUGUCAACACUUUGCACUGAUUAUUUUAAAUUGUUUGGAAUUUGUGCGUUUGUACUGUGGACAGUAAGAGCGUGUUGAUUGUGGACCAUUUUCACAUCAGAGUAGGUGUAUUAUUUGUGUAUUUCUAGCAGACUGGCAACAGAUCAUGUAUUGUGGUUGCACUUAAAAAGAGCUAGCAUUACACCCUCUCAUGUGACUUAUUUCCUUUUGUUUUGCCUUUCACAUGCAAGUGCAUUGUAAUCUAUCUUCAUUUAAUUCCAAUAAAGGUAAUGUUUCUUCA